UGGUCUCUGGUGCCGACACUCAUUCCCACACCAAUGUUCUGUGUAGCCUUGGGGCCAGGUCCGGUUUCAGGCUCGUUAACCGCUGUAGCGCACUUGGUGGUGGUUGGCGGGUUGCUCUCCCUCGUCUUUACAUAGCCGUACAUAGAUGGCUACUUUCUUUCUCUUUCAUGCACGGUGCACACAGAACACUCCAGUGAGACAGAUUCAGAGAAAGAGAGAGACAGAUCGAGAGAGAGAGACAGCUGAAUUUUCUUACAUUGUGGACAACACAAUUUUUACCCAUCGUGUAUUUGCUCGUCUGUACUUCAUCAAUUUCAUUCCAAAAUUUCAGUAAUUUACUUCGAUUUACCGUUUAAGUUCUUGGGAAUUCAAUUUGGGGUUCAAAAUCGUCACCAUAUCUCCAAAAAAAUUUUGGGUAUCAAAAGAUUUUCAGUUUUGGUAUCUUCAGUGAAUUUGUGAGAAAGUUUUUUGAGUAAUAUUUUCACUUUCCUGUUGAAUUCGACGGCUUUGAUUCUGGUAAAAAGUUGUUGGAAAUAUGCUUCAUACAAAAUCUGAGUCUGAUAUAACUAGUUUAGCCCCAUCAUCGCCUUCAAGGUCUCCUAAGAGGCCAGUAUACUAUGUACAGAGCCCUUCAAGGGAUUCUCACGAUGGGGACAAGUCCUCAUCAAUGCAAGCCACUCCCAAUUUCAAUAGUCCAAUGGAAUCACCUUCGCACCCUUCUUUUGGCCGACACUCCCGGAAUUCUUCUGCUAGUCGGUUUUCGGGGAUAUUCCGGUCUUCGUCGGGGAGGAAAGGUGGCCGGAAAAGGAACGAUAAGGGGUGGCCGGAGUGUAAUGUGAUUGUAGAAGAGGGAAAGUAUGAUGAGUUUGAUGAUGAAAAGGGGUUCACUAGGCGGUGUCAGGUUUUGUUGGGUUUUUUGGGUUUUGUUGUUCUGUUUACUGUCUUUUGCCUGAUUAUAUGGGGUGCUGGAAGGCCUUACAAAGCUGAGGUUACCGUCAAGAGCUUGGUAGUGAAUAACGUCUACGUUGGGGUGGGUUCAGACUUGAGUGGGGUUCCAACCAAGAUGCUGACUGUGAAUAGCUCAUUGAGGAUGACCAUAUACAACCCUGCUACCUUCUAUGGCAUUCAUGUUAGCUCCACACCCGUUAAUCUCGUUUAUUCUAAGAUUACCGUUGCAACUGGUCAGUUGAAGAAAUAUUAUCAGCCAAGAAAGAGUCGCUGGCUUGUUUUGGUGAACUUGGAAGGAACUAAGGUUCCUUUGUACGGGGCCGGAUCAAGUUUAACUGUCUCUGACAAUGGUGUCCAAGUUCCAUUGACAUUAGAGUUUGAAAUUCGGUCACGGGGAGAUUUGGUAGGGAAAUUGGUGCGGACAAAGCAUCAAAGGCAAAUUUCUUGCCCUUUGGUUAUCGAUUCAACCAGCACAAAACCUAUAAAGUUCAAGAAGGACUCGUGCACUUAUAGCUGAAGCCUACUUGCUGGCCUGCACAUUUCUUGGCUUGCCGCGUCCGGAUCUUGGGACUCCAUGUUUAAAUUGUCCAGCUUCUGUGUCCCUGCAUUUCUGGGAAGAUGAAUUUCAAUUUUGAUGCAUCAUGGUAGUGAAACUGGAGUGAUCAAGAUCCGUUAAGAGGUUGAUUUGUAAUGUUCCCUUUGCUAUCAUUGAGCUAGUUAGUAGGAUAGUGUGGCAUUACAGGAAAAAAACUUGCUCUGUUAUAAAUUGUAAAGCUAAGGAUUUGUUUAUAUUUCAUUUGGCUUUCUCAUUACUCAUGUACUGAAGCCCUUGCCAACCCAGCAUUUGCAGUCUAU